AUGGAGCCCUUAGGAGACAGGCGGCGCGACUCACGAGCGCGGCUCGCCCCCCUCACUUCGUAUCCUUGUCCGUUUCCUUCCCCUGCUGCGCCUUCGUGUGCGUCCGGAGCCGGUCGCGCGCACGUGACAGAAAUAGACUGCGGCGUCUCCGGUCUGUCACGUGCAUCUUCCGCGGAACAUGGGGCGGCGGGCGCGUCGCCACGAAACGACGGAACGAAGGGCAGGGCAAGAAGGCUGCGCCGCUUCCUCCUCGUCUGCUUCUCCCUCGCCAUCAUCUGCCUGCUGCACCAGUUUGCCUUUGGGCGCCAGGCGGCAGACCGACUCGUCUCCUCCCUUCUCGUCGCUCACGCUCGACAUGCGCCUGCUGACCCCCAGCCCUCGGAAACGGGCGACCUCGAGCCGACGCCACGCGCAGAGUCGCAUGGCGAAGAGGAGACAAGCGACGCGAACGCGAGCCAGCCAGAGCACCUGCGCCACAAGAAGAAAGCUUCUCUGUACAGAGACCACCUUGAGCGGAAUCCCGACCGUCCUGCGGUCGCGCUUUUGGCUGAGCGCUCCUCGUCGUUCAUGCUUGACGCGGUUUCGCGCCCUGCUGUGCCCCCGUUCCUCUCCUCGGCGACCUGCUCCUCCUCGCGUCUCAUGGCUGCAGGCCGCGACUCGUGCGUGCCUGUGGAGGCCAUUCGCCCGUUCUUCGGAACGUCCCUGUCCUCGCCUUUGCCGCCCUCUGAGGCGCGCCUGCGCAUGGGCGCGCCAGCAGCCGCCCAGUCCUGGCGCCCGCCGAAGGUCAGGCUGCCUCAGACCUCCGCUGUGCCCUCCUCCUCCUCCUCUGUCGCGUUCUCGCUGCCGCGACGCGUCGAGCUGAAGCCUGCGGUGGUGAUGAAUCCUCGCGCAGCCGACGAGGAGUUUCGGUUCCCUGCGCCGCUCGACGGCGAACUCUCCUUCGCGGACAAUUCGGCGCUACUGCCUGCGGGAGAGGCCUGGGAAGAUGUCUUCGGCGGGUCUGCCAGCGAAGGCAGCCGCGACGACCUGUUCUCAAUCCACGGCGAUGUCAUAUUUCGGUCCCACGGCUUCAACGUCGCCAUCAAGAGACAGCUCCAGAAGGAAUGGGAGCAGGAGCAAAGGAGGCAACGGAUUCUCGCCGAGGGCGGCGAUCUGAGUCUUCUGGAAGCAGCCGAACCGGAAACGGUGGAGAAGGUGCAUCUCUACUCGCCUCUACAGAUCGCGCUGGAUCGCCAGUGCGUCUUGCAGGGGAACGUCGUUAAAACGCAGUGGACACGCAUGCGCGUGGUCAGGGACGCCUUCCACUGCUUCACCGACGACGAGCUCGACUACUCCGCUGCGGAGAAAAGCUGCCUCGAUAACUGCAACCAGCCGGUGGCGUGCGCCGGAAAGAUUCGGGACCGCAGCGCCGCCACCGACGCCUCCAAACUCUCCGACGACAUCCUGCCCAAAAACUGGCAGUUCGGCUACUGCUUGUCGUCGCGUCUCCAGACCGCGGCCAACGCUGUUUGCGACUCUCCGAACUACGUCUUUCGGCGCACGGAAACUGCCAGCGGAUGCGUGCCCGCCGAAGCGCUCGACUGGACUAAGCUAGUCGACGGCUGCGUGGACGACUGCUUCGCCACAGUCCGCUGCUACGGAUGGUGGGACAGCCAGACGGUGCAGAUGAAGCAGCUCACGCUCGUGGACCUCCAGAAAAUCCGGCAGGUCAUCAAAAAUACGUGCCUUUGCAACGAGACGUUUGAGGAAGGGGUGGCGUACGCUGGUUGCCAGUCCAAGACGCGCUCGGGAAGAGAGUGUCAGCGCUGGGAUCAGCAGAAGCCUCACGUUCACACCGAGAGAGCCGAUGCGCACAACUACUGCAGAAAUUUCAACAACGAGAAGGAGAUAUGGUGCUACACGACGGAUCCUGACGUACGAUUCGACUACUGCGACCCUCUCGGGGUGGUGGAGCGCUAUGUGCAGCCGGGAGAGACAGUGGACGUCGUGGUCAGUGGAGUGAGCCUCGCCCCCCAGGUGUCGCUUCGGCUCUACUGGGGCGGCGAAGAAGGGAAUGCCGCGUGCGGCAAAGCGGGAAGAUUUACGGCGCUCGCGACCUUCAAAAACCAGGCUGCACGCGGUCAUAUCUUGCCUUCGUAUGCUGUCCACGACGGCGUGGUCUCCGCGCUGACUUGGCCGAAUUUGACCGUCAGCUCUAAUGCUUCAGGGUCGUUCGUCGUCUGCGGCUGCGCCUUCACAGGCUUUUUAGCCUCGACGUGGGGUGACGCCGAACCCUGCUCUUCUGACGCCCACUUCACGCUGACUCUCGGCACGAUCAACGUCACAGGUCCCGUGCAUGCGUUGAAUACGGAAAAAGAGAUGACCGCGGGCGAGAAGAAGACGUUCACAGUCAGAGGAACUACGCUGAAGACGAGCGACACACUCGUCGUGGUCGGGGGCAGCGCCUCCUUUCUGUGCGUCGCGCCGAACUUCUUCCGGCUGCAGCUGGAGUUGCUGCGAGGCACGGGCGACAACGCGCUGGCGGUCUUUUCGGCGGGUAUUGGGGCGGGCGAGAACCAGUACCUCAAGACUGGGUUCGCCACCGUGAACAAGGCAGGCACGGAGGCGCAGACCAUGCCUUUCGCUUUGCAGUCAACUGGACACUACGUGCUGUGCUGGCAGGGGAUGGUCAAGGGGCGUAAGGCCUCCGGAAUCAUCCAGCGGAUCGUUUCCACCGGUGUCGACUUGAGCAUGACGUACCGGUCGGUGUACGCGCCUUCGUCGGACGGCGUCAGCCAGAAGCUCUUUUCCGUUUUCAUCCACACCUACAGAUACAAGGAAGGCUUCGAAGAUGACGCGCUGACUGUUCGAAUUCCCACGGAGACCCCGUGCAAAGGCGCGGUCGUCGCGCAGUCGCGAAAAAUCAAUCUGGAAAGUCGAUCGGAGAAGCAAAUGCAGACUCAGAUGUUUCUCUACAAAGCCAUGUACCUGAGCGUGCGAAAUCUUCCGCAGUCGGACUCAAAGUACUUGGAGACCUUGCAGGUUUGCGUGCAGCCGAGGAAGGACAGCAACACAGUCUUGUACUUGGGUUUGUCGACGAUUUCGGAGUUUAACUCGUAUCCAUUCCACGAUUUCGUGAUGCCGUCGACGCUGCAUUCUGGAACGCCGACUCGCACUUACUCAUUCACGGUUGACGAGUAUUCGUACCUCGGGUUGCACUGGGGAGAGAUUCGGAGCGACGGUGAGAUGAUUAUUGGUGACUUCUACGACUUUUUCACGUCUCCACCCUUCUCGAAAGUCCUCAGUUUCUGGAUUUCGCAGUCGACGAACGUGGUCACCGCCUGGGGGUUCUCUGCGUCGGACCCGUCGCCGACGCUCAUGGGCACCUUCAACCUAAGCCGGCCGGUGGACAUGGCGCUCGACACGUCGCCGCAGCACGUGCACCUAUACAUUCUCAUGGGUGAGGCGCCGGCGGCGCUGGCGGUGUUGGACUUGACGAAGCCGCCCUCCGACCUCUCGCAGGCGAAGCGCGUGAGAGUUUUAGACCCCAGCCGCGACGGCAUGGUGAAGCCGUCCGGCUUCGUGCUCAUCUACCCUGGAGAACCUGAACUCUCCGAUCCCGUCGUCGUCCUCGUCGACGAGGGCACGGGCUACAUCCACGUGUACGAUGCCGAGUUCACGCUGCACGCCAAGGUGAAUCGGCUGGACGGCAUGCAACAACCCUUCGUGAAGCCGACAGACGUCUACUGCUUCCGAAAGUCUGGUCCCAAAAUCAUCGUCAUGGGCUCCACCUGGGAGUGCUUCGUCAUCGACCAGGGCCUCCCGCGCGUCGUGUACUUCAACGUCGAUGCAACAACCAAAGUGUUGACGCUCGUCUCGGUCUACUCGGGAGAAGGAGCGAGGGACGGCGUUGACACAAACUUGAAGGCGCCAGCGUCCGUCGUCGCGCACUACUACAACGGAAAAACGCUCAUCUACGUCGCCGAAGCAAGUAGUUCGUACCCGAUGCUUCUGACGAAGGUAGACGAAGAGUCGGCGAUUCGGUUCUACGCGUUCCUGUCGCACAACACUUUGGGGCUGAGUUCUGUGAGCCACAUCUCUUUGCUGUAUUUCUCUGACGACAGCUCUUCUCUGGAAAAGGUGUCUCUGGCGACCUUUCGAGACGCGUGGCGCGGACCCGAACUGCAGAUCGUCUCGCUCGACACGACUGCGACAGUCCCGACGUUCCGCUACUACCCGCACGAGUGGUACGCCGUGGGCGACUCGCACGCGCUGGAUCCGAGCGUCGUCGGUCUCGGCAGUCUGAAGGGCGUCUCGAGCUUCGUCUUGGGCACUGAAGGCGCACACGCGGCGUACGUGGGCAGCGUCGCCUCGGUAGUUCCCAACACGGGUGUGGUUAAGCUUGAGAUCACAAGCAUCCAGCGCAUCGAAGUCGAGGUGCAGGUCGUGGCGAUGGGCAUGGUCAGUCAGAUGAAGACCUCCUUCAAAAUCCGGAUCGCAUGCAAAGACGGCUACUACUUCAACCAGGGCAUGUGCGCCCGCUGCCCCCUUGGGACCUACAACUCGCUCAACUUGGUCAAAGCAGACCCCGCGUCCAGGUGGGCUAAGUGCAAGGAGUGCGGCAAGUCUCAAACGACUGUCGCUGAAGGAUCCAUCAGCAUUGACCAGUGUCAGUGCCAGAAGGGAUAUCACCACGCAGGCGACGCUGAAGACGCGGGCGAAUGCGAGCCCUGUCCGCCAGGUACCUGGAAAGACACCGUGGCGAACACAGGAUGCGUAGGCACAUGCCCGACGCAUUCGUCGACUGACGUUGUCGGGGCGACCUCGGCGGAAGAGCGCCUGUGCAAGUGCGAGCCCGGCUACUACUUUGUGGGCGAAGCCGUGCAGACGCAGGAGUGCGUUGGCGUGGAGAAGGGCUACUACUCUCCAGGUGGGUACGAGGCAGCGCGGUACCCGUGCCCGCUUCACACGACGACGAACGAGACGGACGAUCCCUCGUUUGUCGCGGUUUCGGUCGCGGCGUGCAAGUGCGAGAUGGGCUACACGGCGGCGCCGGCGGAGAGUCUGCGAGACCCCGAGUCCGCGGCGUCGCAGCUCCGGAACUGGCUUCAGCAGCACCCCGAGCACUCAGAGCUUCUCGACUCGCAGGUCUGCGUGCCCUGCGGGCGAGGCUUCUACAAGGACUCCAUCGGCUCGCACGCCUGCACCGCGUGCCCGGAGAACUCCUUCACCUCGACGUCGACGGCAAAGUCCAAGGCCGAGUGCGAGCUCUGCAAGCCGGGAUACUACCAGACGGGGAACGUGGACGUGCCUUGCGCCGAGUGCCCAGACGGCCACUUCUGCGUCGGGUCGGAACCCAACAUAAGCAACACGAUGCAGCACGCCGGCGCCAAGACGCCCUGCCCCGUUCACACCAGCACCGUCCCUCCCAACAGGGAAAACGACCAUCCUUUCAAAUGCAUGUGUGACCCUGGCUACGAAUUUGACUAUGUGGACCUGACCACCCUCGCUGUCGUGUGUCGGGCGACGGACGUCGGCGAUUUCAAGGACAUUCUCUCCAACAUUCCUGGCGACAAGUGCCCAGCUGGCAGCUCCACUCACGCGACAGGAAAUGUUUCUCUGCAAGAAUGCAUCUGCCUGCCUGGAUACUACUUCAGCACCGAGUCUGGCGUCUGCGAGUCCUGCCUGGUCGGUUUCUACUGCCCCGGCGGGCGCGACUCGUUCACCAAUGACCACGCGCUGCCGAUUGCUUGCCCGGCGGAGACGAACACGAUCGGCACGACGAGCGCGACGCUUGCGGACUGCGUGUGCGACAAGGGCUACUACCGCUUCAACUCGCAAGUCGGCAUUGGGGACAAGGUGGUCUGCCGACCGUGCCCAGCAAACAGCUUCAAGGACUGGGUCGGCAACGAAGUGUGCAAGGCGUGCAGUGAGAACUCGGGAACCGAGCAGACUGGCGCCAACUCAGCCGCGCAGUGUCUGUGCUCGAGGGGCUACUACCACGACGCGAAACAAGCGGAGUGCGUGGCGUGCAGCAACCCCCUCCGCUACUGCCCCGGAGGAGAAGUCGACUGCCAAGAGGGCGAAGAGCACUGCGUGAACGGCAAGAAGCCCGUCGAGCCCCAGCCGUGCCCCAACAACACGCGGAUCACCGCGGGGUACGAUACCCCGUGGUCGCUUGAUGACUGCAAAUGCAAUCGCGGUUUCGCCUACGACAAAGGGAGUGCGGCGGAAGGCGCCAAGUUCUGCGAGCCGUGCUCGCCAGGGUCGUACAAGACGUCUGUGCAGGACGGGCCGUGCAACGGUUUGUGCGGGACGGCUUCGACGUCGUUUCCAGGCGCCCAGACCCAGUCGCAGUGUUUCUGCGAAGAAGGGACUUACUUCGCGGCUGACGCCUGCCACACAUGCCCUAAGGGCGCGUACUGCGCAGGAGGCCUGUUGCCAGAGGCGGAGGCGAAGCUGCGGGAGGACUCGAGUUUCACCGGCAUUACGUCGGCCGACCACGUGAAGCCGUUCGCAGAGCCUGGGUACUUUCUGAACAAGCUGAAGGCGGAGCUCGAGUCGCCGAACGACUGGCAGUUCACGCGGUGCCCCGUGCGGAAUGCGUGUCUCUCUAACGGAGUCUGCUCCGAGACGAUGACGGAGUACCUCUGCAGCGAAUGCCGCCGCGGCUACACCAACACGUUUUCCAAGGGAGAAAUCUGCACCGUCUGCCCGUCCAUGGUCUGGAAUAUUCUCUGUCUGACUGGGUACUACUUGGCCACGCUGCUCUUCAACAUUGUCAUGACGUACAUGAACGUCGCGGCGGGUUUCAACAGACGGUCCAUUCACUCUAUCGUGAUUAAAAUCGCCUCCAACUACCUCACCUGCCUCUCCGUUCUGUCGGUCAUCGACUUUAACACAAUUGCCUUCCCUUCAUGGGUCACGGACCUGACCACGACCGUGACGGAGUCGGUGUCUGCGCAGAGCAGAACACGACUCAUGUCCGUCGACUGCUUGCUUCGCGAGAACCUGAAUCUGUCCUUUUCCGACUCCUUCUUCUACACGAUGGUCUUCUACGCCCUGAUUCCCAUUGUGUUGCCCAUCAUUGUCACGAUUAUGAUGUCGAUCGUUGUCUCGCGCGUGCGGGUCUGGUACCGCAAGUCGACGCAGAAAAAGCUGGAUUUGCUCAAGCAAACGCAGCAGUACGGCCUGUACACGCUCGCGGAGCAGCUGAAGGAGAAAUACGAAGAAGAUCGAGUCUUUAUGAUUUUCCGAUACAUCCCGCUGCCCGGCGAAUCGAUCUUCCGCAGAAUGACAAAGUUCAUGGAAGAUAUGAUUCCCAUUUACGUCACUGUGCUCUUCUUCGUCUACUCCUCGACCACGCGCCACAUGCUGUCGCUACUCGACUGCACUUACAUCGACUUUGGGCGCGCGCACAAAGCCAAGUACUUCUUGCGCGCUGCGAUGUCUGUCGAGUGCACUGAAGCGUUCAGUUGGCCGUACUUCAAGUUCUUCGCGCUUGGCAUCGGGGGCCUGUUCGUCUGGAGUAUCGGCAUUCCUCUCUCUUGCUUCAUCGUCCUCUACAUCAACCGCAGAACGCUCAACAGCCGUGAAACGAGGCUGAAGUACGGGUUCCUUCACAACGGAUUCGUGAAGAAAUACUGGUACUGGGAAAUGGUUGUGUUUGCGAGGAAAUUCCUCGUCAUCGUCGUCUCCAGCAUUGCUCUCAUUCGCUCCGAAGACAUGAACGGCUCGCGGAUCUGGCUCGCUUCUGUCAUCGCCAUCAUCUUCCUCAUCUUCCACUUUGUCACACAGCCAUUUGACAAAAGGAGCUAUCUCACUCUCGAUCGCCUCGAGAACCACAGUAUGGGUAUCUGGACGCUUACGCUCAUCGUGCUCGGGAUGAUGGUUGGUUCAGGGUUUUCAGGGAACGUUAACGUGGCGCUUCUGCUGUUCAUGGCCAUUCUCACGUGUUUGUUCAUCUUGGAGGUCGGAAUUUCGCUGAUGUUUGCGUACUUUGACAACGUUCGCACACAGCAGACCUUCUUCACCGUGCCGGUGCUCGGAUACGUGUUUCGUUUCUUCGCGCGCCUCUCGGAGAAGCGGAAGGCGCGCGAGCCGAUCGUCAUUUACGAUACCGAGAGCGAAGUCAUUCAGCUAGUCGCAGCGAAGCGGCAGUCGUGGAACGUCUUCCGCCGUCGCCGCAAAAACAUCAACCUGGCAGAGAGGAACUACUUCAUCAAGGUCAUGGCUGAGACGCUCGGUUUCGCGGUGGUGCACAUGAAGCUCGACGUCAUUCCAGGUUCAUUCCUGGAGUUCGCGCUGCGCCUCGGCUUGGCGUUCCACCGCAUGGAAGAACUGUCGCAGCAGAACCGAAAGUCGCUGCAAGCUAUCGCAGACGGUGACUUGUCUCAGCUGGCGGACUGGUCAAUGCAGGAGCAGAAGCGCAAAGACCUGGCUGAGGCCUCGCGUGCGAACCACAAGCAGAUUUCUCAGCGCCUCAGCACGUUCUACCGAGACAUGGAAAAAACUCUGAGAAUCGGGGAUAAAAAUGAGUCUGCAGGUGCGGCCGCCGGGUCCGAAGAGAGGAUCCGCGACCUAGAGGGAGAACUCGUGUCUGACGAGGAACUCGGUCGCAUGAAGUCGGAUAUUUCGGCAUAUGAAGAGGACGCGCGAGCCCAGGAAAUCGCCGCGUCGGAGGCGACGCAUCUGAAAUACCUCCAGAACUACACUGAGGACAUGACCGAGGAAGAGCAACAGGAAACGAUGUAUCUUUUCGACCAAGACAUGAUGACGUGCGGUAUUGCGCUGUCCGAGCUCUAUCUUGCCCUUCUCAAGCUCCAGCUGAAGGACUCGAGCACCAUUAGCCAGCAGUUCGACGCCUUCAAAGUGCGCAAGCAAAUCCAAUCAGACGCAUACGCGGACGCCUUGCUGCGCAGGAACCGGAAGCUCAAAGUGAUUCGCGAGGCGCUGGAAACGCUCAUGACGUCCUCAGGCGCGGAUCUCGCGCAAAUCGGUCUGAAAGAGGAGGCUUACCAGGCGAAGAAAGCUGAGUUGACUGCCCUCCGCGCCGAAGUGGAUCAACUAAACAAAAAGUUGACGGAACUGAAGGAGAAUCCCGACGGCUACAAAGCAGACGAGGAGGUAGAAGCUGAAGAGGAAUGGAUUAACGAAGACCGGGACGAGGAGCUGCAAAAGUUAGAGGAAGAGCGUGCGGAACGGGAGAAGGAAAAAGAACAGCGAGAAGCCGCAGACCAGGACAUCAUUUGCCCUUCGGACCCGGCGGAAGCGGCUGCUUGGGACUCUGGAAGCGACCGCGCUGCCGAAGAACCACAAGAGGAGGCUGCGGAGGCCCCACCGUUCCGUCUUCUCGGAGUGGACGCAGAGAUCUGGGACGAAACCGCUUAUACGGUCGCUGGCGGCGGCUGCGAGCCUCCUCCAGACGAAAUUGAGUGA